GUUGCCUCUCAACAGAUGACGCGUUUAGACAAGAUAUUUUGGAAUUAAAACGUUAAAGAUGAGUGACGGUGAUAAAAUAAGUGAACCAAAUGGUGUACAGUCUGCCGAUGUUCUGGAAUGGAAAAAAAGUUUGCGGGACAAAAGUCAAUCUCCAGUGCGAAAUGUUACCAGGUCUAGGAGUCCUUCACCUGCACAAACAAGUGCUAGAAAGAGAACUCCUAGAAAAGAGGUGUUUUCUGGCACAGUUCCCUCUUCUCCAGGUGUUCUGAUGAUGGACGUACCAAAACCUUCAACCUCGAAGGGACCCAAGAUGUCUCAGUCCAUGAAAGUCUCGCAUACACGUAAAUCUGCUGACACUGCCACGCGCAGAAGUACUGGCAACAUGGCAGCUGCCUUCAGUAAUACCAAAACAUCAACAAAGAAUGGAACAGCUGAUGGCAUAGAAGCAGAGUACAUAAAAAAUCUGCAGCAACAAAUUUACUUCCUGGAACUAGAAACUAAUUAUCUGCGUGAACAAGCACAGAAAGCUACAGACAUGCAUCCAAAGAUGUCUGCUGAGGCAGAGAGAAUGCUUGCCAAGUUACGAUCAAUGCAGGCUGAUAUGGAUGGGUAUCAACUUGAGAAUAAAAGGAAGGAGAGUAGCAUUAGUAUAAUAACAAGGGAGAAGGAUCAUCUAACUGAAAGACUAAGGGAGGAGGAAAAUGCCCGUGCUAGAGAUAAGAGAAUGUUGAUGGAUGAAGUUAUAGAUCUGAAGAAAACUAUUGCCAAAAUGGAGGGUGAGAUCUCGUUCAAGGACAGUCAGCUACUUGACGCUAGAAAUGAGCUUGACAAAAGUGCUACAGCUUUGAAAAAUGCUGAAACUAAAAUUAUUACGUUAAAAAGUCAGUUAGAACAACGAAUAGAGCAGCAUAAAAUGACUCAGAUUAGCCUGGAUGAGAAACGCUCAGAACUUCUCAGUGUUGAAACACAGCUCAAGACUACCGAGGAGAAAUAUUACAACAGUACUGUCAAUUUACAGGAUAAAGUCGUGAAUGACUUAAGGGAAGAAAUUUGUGAUCUGAGGCAUAAAUUAAAGGAAGCAGAAAUGUCUGCAGAACAAGAGCGCCACCUAAGGUCUAAAAUGUCAGAUGAUAGUUCUUCUGUUGUUCGAGAAAAUGCAACACUCCACCAGCAAGUUGUUGAAAUGACCAAACAGCUGGAAAGAGAGAAAAAUCUGCGAGAUGAAAUAGAGUCCCGUCAUCAGGCAAACAUUUCUGAAAUGGUUCAGUGUAAAGAUAGAGAAAAAGAGCUAAGAUUUGAACUAGAAUAUGCAAAGGAAGGUUGGAACAAGGAAGUAGAGAAGGUGAAACAAUAUCAGGAGCAGCUGACCUUUAAAGACUCAGUGACAACCCAACAUGAACUACAAUUGAACACAGCUCGUAGUCGUGUGACGGAACUUUCCAGCAUGCAUGAACACCUCGAGAAAGAGAACACCCAUUUACGUAAGGAUAAGUCCCUGUUGGUAGACCAUGUUGCUGAACUACAAAAGAAGAUGGAAAUGAAGAAUGAAGAAGUAGUGAACCUACGAAGCCAAGUUUUCUCCCUUGAACAGAGAGUUGAUGAACUGGACCAGUUUAACUCUCUUGAACAUACCUCACAGAGCCAGAAAUGGGAGGAGUUUGAAAAGCUUGCCGAGAGCAUGAGGACACUGUCCCAUACAAUGGCCCAUUCUAGUACACGCACACGCAGUCCAAGGACAUUGUUGAAAACUUCAGCCAGAACACCUCUACAGUUUUAGGUUCAGACAAGUAGUUUGCUCAAGUAUGGGAUGAUAUGCGGGUUUCAGGUUCUUUUUUGAUGAAUGUACGUGUUGUAAAGCUAAGAAAAUUAAAUGGUAUCUAUAAACUGUCAUAGAUAAGUUUACUUCAGAUAGAUAUUAUUCUAGGACAGAUAGAUUACUAUAGUUCAGUUCAGGUUAAUGGGCAUACCAUAUCAAUAGGAUUGUCAAGAUUUUUCAGUUUUGUAAAUUUGCUGACAGGUUGGACCCAAUAGUCUUACAGGCAUUCUAUGUCACAAUUCAUCAGAGCAUAAUACAUCUUUUUAUACCCCCACCAAACAUGUUUGAGGGGGGUAUAUAGGAGUCAGUUUUGUCGCGUCCUGUCGCGUCCCGUCCCGUCGCGUCCCGAUAUCUAUUAUCUCAGUUAUUACCAAAUGGAUUUGAUUCAGACUUAAAAUACAUGUUCCACCUUAUCACCCACAUCAUGUGACACAAGGUGCAUAACUCUUGACACCAAGUUUUCAUGAAUUAUGUCCCCUUUAACUUAGAAUUUAAGGUUAAUUUUGUUGUAUUUUCACUAUAUCUCAGUUAUUACUAAAUGGAUUUGAUUCAAACUUAAAAUAGAUGUUCCACCUCAUCACCCACAUCAUGUGACAUAAGGUGCAUAACUCUGACACCAUUUUUUUAUGAAUUAUGCCCCUUUUUACUUAGAAUUUAAGGUUGAUUUUGAUGUAUUUUCACUUUAUCUCAGUUACUACUGAAUGGAUUUGAUUCAAACUUAAAAUAGAUGUUCCACCUCAUCACCAACAUCAUGUGACAUAAGGUGCAUAACUCUGACACCAUUUUUUUUAUGAAUUAUGCCCCUUUUUACUUAGAAUUUAAGGUUGAUUUUGAUGUAUUUUCACUUUAUCUCAGUUACUACUGAAUGGAUUUGAUUCAAACUUAAAAUAGAUGUUCCACCUCAUCACCCACAUCAUGUGACACAAGGUGCAUAACUCUGACACCAAGUUUUCCUGAAUUAUGUCCCCUUUUACUUAGAAUUUAAGGUUAAUUUUGUUGUAUUUUCACUAUAUCUCAGUUAUUACUUAAUGGAUUUGAUUCAAACUUAAAAUAGUUGUUCCACCUCAUGACCCAGAUGAUGUGACAUAAGGUGCUUAACUCUGACAUAAAUUUUUUAUGAAUUAUGUCCCCUUUUACUUUAAAUUUAAGGUUGAUUUUGAUGUAUUUUCACUAUAUCUCAAUUAUUACAAAAUGGAUUUGAUUCAAACUUAAAAUAGAUGUUCCACCUCAUCACCCACAUCAUGUGACACAAGGUGCAUAACUCUGACACCAAGUUUUCAUGAAUUAUGCCCCUUUUUACUUAGAAUUUAAGGUUAAUUUUGAUGUAUUUUCACUAUAUCUCAAUUACUACUGAAUGGAUUUGAUUCAGACUUAAAAUAGAUGUUCCCCCUCAUCACCCACAUCAUGUGACACAAGGUGCAUAACUCUGACACUAUUUUUCUUGAAUUGUGUCCCCUUUACCUAGAAUUUAAGGUUAAUUUUGAUGUAUUUUCACUAUAUCUCAUUCUGAUUGGCUUAGAGCCAAAGGGAAGUAACCUUUUUUUAACCUUUGUACUGAGUUUCUUCCCCUUAAAUUCCAGGAAUUAGUCUAUUUUUAGAAAUCCUAUUUUUAGAUUUUCAAUAUUUUAGGUAUUUUUCUAACUUUUUUAUUAUAAGUCCUAUGUAAAAAGUAAAAACAUUUUAAGAUUCCUUAUGGUUGCCAUUCUUCUGUGACAAGACCGUAUGGUGGGGGUAUGAGUCACUCCUGUGACAGUUCUAGUUUGCAAGUGGUAUUAAGAGUCAUGUAAUCUUAAGGAAGCUUAUUUAAAGGUGGUCAAUCACAUUUAAACAACAUUCAAUUUUUUACUUUUUGUAUAUUCUGGUAGAGAAUUAUUUAAGGAACAAAAAGACCGAUUACAUAGAGUUAGAUUCCUAUUUGAAAUGUAUAUUUUAUUAUUUUUAUAAAAUUUUGUAAUUACUCCCCUUUAAUAUGAAAGUAUAUAAAAAGCUGGGUAUUUCUUUUCAUUUCGAUACAAUGUCUAGUUUUACAUUUGCAUUUGAUAGACAUAUCAACUAUUGAACAAUCUGAACCAAAAUGCAAGUUUAAAAGCUGUGUGUAGCUUCUGAAUUCAUUUAUUUCCAAUCUAUCUUGGUUGCACAACCAAGAUAGGCAAAGGGAGGAAACAAUAAUUUUUUAAAACUUCCGUUUCUAAUGAAUUCCAUCUAAAUACAUAAUUUUUAAUGCAAAUAUUUUACAAAUAUAAUAAAAUAUUUAUACAUUUCCUUAGGCAAAGUAUGUUUAUCAAAUUUAUACUUAUGAUAAAAUAACUCUAUCUUGGUUGGACAACCAGGAUAGGAAAAUGAAAUUUUAAAAAUACCUCCAGUGAAAAUCUAAUUUGUAUUAAGUGUUAAGUGAACAUAAAUGAGUGUAAAUGAUCAGAUGCUAAAGUUUCGAACAAAUCCUUUACAUGGCCAAAAUCUGAUUAUCCACCUUUAAAUGAAUUUGGAUGUAGAUUGCUGUUAGUGUUCAGUUAGAGAAUUUGUAACCUUUUUUUUUUUUUUUUUUUUUUUUU